AUGGCCAUCACAUAUGCAUUGGAUACUCCGUUGACUCGGAACCCAGUCAUUGCGGUGACGGUUCUGGGCGGCGUUGCUACGAUCACCACAAUCCUGCGGUUUUAUGCAUUGCACUUGAGACGGGUGAAGCCCGGAGCCCCCGAGUAUCUCAUCCUCGUGGCAUUGGCAAUUGUUUAUGUUGACAUUGCAAUUGAAUAUAUUCUUACCAUCCUUGGCGGCGCAGGUCGAAAGGUGACAGAAAUUGAUCCAUCUUCAGUGAUCAUUACGUUGAAGACAAUCCUUCCUCUUGAAGCCCUGUAUGGGAUUGUUUUAGGGCUAAUCAAGUCCUCGAUUAUGCUCUUCUACUUUCGUAUAUUUGGCAGCAAGCGAAGCUUUCGGAUCAGCAUCUUUGUCACGAUGGCUAUAGUUUGGAUGUGGGCAGCCAGCGUGAUUUUGGAGACCUUUCUUCUCUGUCGUCCGCUGGCAUAUAAUUGGGACACCUCUAUUGCUGGGACCUGCGGCAACCGCAACGCGACAUACGUUGUUGCCGGCACGUUGAACCUUAUUACCGACUUGAUGGUCAUGGUGCUCCCGCUUCCUCACAUAUUGAAACUCCAGCUCACGCUUGCAAAAAAAGUGGCUCUCUGCAGUGUGUUCAGCAUAGGUUUGCUGGUCUCAAUUAUCAGCAUCAUUCGUCUAAAAUCCCUGAUGGAGAUCGACUUCACCGAUAUCACAUAUUCGGUUCAGAUGGGAGUCAUGUGGACAGUUAUUGAGCCUGAGCUCGCCAUCAUUUGCUCUAAUAUGCCUCUCCUGAAGACGGUCUUGUCACGCAUGGCUCCCGGCUUGUUCUCGGCUAGUCGCACCAAGUAUGGUGUCUCUGAUCCACAGACAUUUGAACGUCUCCAGGAUCAACAGUCGAGCAACAUCUACCCGAUGAACCAAAUGGACCACGAGGCAGUCCGCACACAUAUUUCCAGCAAGAAUAUAAAUGAAUCGCAGAGAGAUUUGUACGGAGAAGGGGAUGGACCAUUGGUCCCUUCCGACGGAAGUAUCGAAGACCUUGGCCCAAAUGGGAAACAUGUUCACAAUGGUUCUCCACCGGGCGGGAUUAACGUGACCCAAAACUUUGUUGUACAAUAUCGUUCAUGA